AUGUUCGAUUUGAUACAGGGACGCGGUCGAACGGUAUUCGCCUCACGUGAUGCAGUCAUUUAUCUGUUCAACAGUUUCAGAUAUCUGGGCAUCAAUCCACCGGCCAAAUAUCGUUUGCCAUAUUUCAUGUACUCGGCCAUCAUAACAUUCUUCGCUGUGCUUUUCUCGCCGGUUAUUUUCAAUGUUGGCUGGUUGCGCGAUCGCAACAAGCUCUCUGUUAUGGAAAUUUUAACUUGCGUGCAGGCCUCCUUGAAUGUCAUGGCCGUGCCACUUAAGUGCAUCACGCUGGCCAUGGCGCAGAAGCGUUUGCGGGGCAUUGAACCAAUGGUGAGCGAAUUGGAUGAGCGCUUUCCAACGCCAGAGGAUAAGGCGAAGAUCAAACAGUGCGCCGUAACGGGUAAUCGAUUGGUAUUCGGGUUUGCUGUUUCAUAUUUUAUGUAUGAAACUUUGACUGUGGUCUCCGCCUUGGUGGGUGGCCAUGCACCGCUCUCGCUUUGGAUACCCAAUGUUGAUUGGCAUCGCUCCACUUGGGAGUACUGGCUGCAAGUUAGCUUCGAUGCAGCUGUGCUUUUCUUUUUGUUAUAUCAUCAAGUUUUGAACGACUCAUAUCCGGCUGUGUAUAUUUACAUAAUACGCACACAAGUACAACUACUAACAAGUCGUGUGGAAAAGUUGGGUUAUGAUGAACAAAAGAGUGUCGAUGAGAAUUACCAAGAGCUCUUAGAGUGCAUCGUAAUACAUCAGAAAAUAUUGAAAAUUGUGAAAAUUGUCGAGAGCGUCGUCUCAAUAACGGUAUUUACACAGUUUCUGGUCGCAGCAGCUAUACUUGGCGUUACCAUGAUUAACAUUUUCAUAUUCGCUGAUCUCACGACGAAAAUCGCUUCAGUCACUUACUUCUUCUGCGUACUGCUCCAGACUUCACCGACAUGCUAUCACGCCUCCUAUUUACUGGACGAUUGUGAUCAAUUGCGCAUUGCUAUUUUUCAAUGCAAUUGGAUUGCGCAAAAUAAACGCUUCAAUAAUUUGUUGAUCUAUUUUUUGCAUCGCUCGCAGGAUUCUAUGCCAUUUUUCGCCCUCAAAUUGGUGCCAAUUAAUUUGGCGACCAAUUUAUCGAUCGCCAAAUUUUCGUUUACGCUCUUCACUUUUAUACAAGAGAUGGGUCUCGGCGAGAAUCUAAAGGGUUAA